AUGGCAGCUCCAUCCCGACCGGAGAAUUGGGCACCUCCGAACUACGUCAACCCUGAGACAAGAGGCGAGCCUGCACUUUUCAUAGCCACGUGCGCUACAACUGCAGUAGUCGUCGCACUGAGGAUGUACUCUCGCUUACAGCUGGCCAAGUCGGUGGGCAUUGACGACGUCCUGCUCUUGGCGGGGUUUGUAUUAUCCAUCGGGCAAACCUUCUCGGAAUACAAGGCUCUCACAAGCGGGGGCUGGAACAUGCACCUUUGGGACAUUCCGAUAGAUCGGCUGGAGUAUGUUCGACUUUCAGCGUGGCUGAUCGAGCUUUUCUUCUUGCUUGGCAACGCUUGCACGAAGAUUUCGAUCUUACUGGUCUAUCGCAAGAUAUCAGGCAGAAGCCACAGUACUUGGUUCAUUCGACUGACAUGGGCAGCGAUCGCCUUAACGCUCGCUUACACCAGUGGCUUGGGCUUGGAGCUGGUGUUUGUCUGCCGUCCGCUCGUUUCGUACUGGAAAUCCUACAGCACCGACUAUAACAGAAAGUACACAUGCGGCAACGAGCAAAUUCCAAUAGUGUUUUCAGCGGCAGCCUCAGUCUUCUCUGACAUAUAUGCCUCCCUCUUACCAAUGCUGUUGGUCAGAAAUCUCAACAUGACAAGCCGACAACGACUUGGCCUAUAUGUGCUAUUCUCUGCAGGCUUGUUGACAGCUGGAAUCGGCGUUGCAAGGUUGAUAUUCCUCGUGAAGGUUACCACCAACUACCAGCUGGGGCCCACUACCCAUGACGUUACUUGGAAUGGUUGGCCAACAUUUGCAUUGACAGAUAUCGAAGCGCAUUUGGCAAUUAUUUGUGCAUCACUUUCGGCCUUGAAAGCGUUGUUCCAACGUCGAAUGACGAGCAAGAUAUCGAAAACACAGUCUUCGGUUCAUUCUAAC